GUCCGCCCCUCUUUGUUGCGGCGCCCAAUGGGCACGUUCCGAAUGUCGCCAGCUGCCGGGUAACAUGGUUACAUGUCAGAGAGUAACAUUUGAUCAUGGAACAUGGACUAAGGCGAAGGCGUCGGAGUCAGCUGCAGGAGCAGCAUCAGCCGCAGCCGCCUGGAGAGGCUCCGGUGCAAUGAAUCCUCUGGCGAUCGGUGCUCAUCAUCCCCAGCCACCCUGGAUUGUACCACUACACAGUACUGCCUGGGGAUAAUAGAAGUUGUAGUUUGGCGUGGCUGGAAAGCACUUGGUGGGAAGGUUGAGCUUGGCUGCUUGAUGCUGCUGAUACCAUGUUGUUCUCCACUCCUUGUGUCUUUGUAGAUCCUGCUUGUAUAAGGAACAAGCUCUCCACCACCUGCUUGGUGGCUGCUAGCAAGCAGUUUCAUGCCAGGCUCAUUCAUUCGGCAGGAGCAGGGGGCAGAAUGGAGCAGGCUUGCUUGACGGGACACUGACCAGGGUCAGACUGCUGGUUCCUUUAGAGCUCACAAUGACUGGCUCUGGCUCCAAAGCUGCUCACAAUUCCCACCCCAAGGGAGACAAAGGGGGCCGCUCCAGAAGCUCUCACACUCGGACGCUCAGUACUGCCAACAAUGGGGGCUCAGAAGAGGAGGAUAAAGAUGGAGGAGCAGUAUUCCUUGUCAACAAGAGCGGUUUUCCAAUUGAUGGGCAGACCUGGGAGAGAAUGUGGGGGCAUGUGGCGAAGGUCCACCCUUCGGGCAGAGAGAUGGUGGAGGCUAUAAGGAGUGCUGCUUUCCUUACAAAACCUUCUGUGCCGUCGGUGCCAAAUUACAAGGCUUCCAUGAUGAUCCCAGACUGGCUUCAGGCAAUACAGAAUUACAUGAAGAUGCUGCAAUAUAACCAUACGGGAACUCAGUUCUUCGAAAUUAGGAAAUCAAGACCUCUAAGUGGGCUAAUGGAAUCAGCAAAAGAAAUGACCAGGGAAUCUUUGCCAAUCAAAUGCCUUGAAGCAGUUAUCCUAGGGAUAUACUUAACCAAUGGGCAGCCUUCCGUGGAACGAUUCCCAAUCAGCUUUAAAUCCCACUUCUCAGGGAGCAAUUUUCAUCAUGUGGUGCUUGGAAUUUAUUUCAAUGGCCGAUAUGGAUCACUGGGCAUGAGCCGAAGGUCAGAGUUGAUGGACAAGCCCUUAAUCUACCGAACUCUGAGUGACCUCAUCUUUGAAUUUGAAGACUCCUAUAAAAAGUACUUACACUCUGUUAAAAAAGUGAAGAUUGGAUUGUAUGUCCCUCAUGAGCCUCACAGUUUUCAGCCCAUCGAAUGGAAGCAGUUGGUGCUUAAUAUGUCAAAGAUGAUGCGGACAGAGAUAAGGAAGGAGUUAGAGAAAUAUGCCAGGGACAUGAGGAUGAAGAUUUUGAAACCUGCAAGUGCCCAUUCUCCAGUCAAGCAGAGAUCCCGAGGAAAGUCCUUGUCCCCUCGACGAAGACAAGCCAGCCCUCAGAGGCGGACCUGUCGAAGAGACAAAUCGCAGAAACUGAGUCCUAUUCGGCUAUCAGGAGUCUUCAGGCCAGCUGUUUUGGACAAAAACGUGGGUGACCUUUCUACAUUGAAUGAAGUCGGUUACCAGCUACGCAUCUGAGAAAACCAGAAGCCCAACCAGAUGGCUUCUGGAGUGUUUCUUGCCGCACUUUACCCUGUGAUAUGUGGGGGGAGGGGUGGGAAGCUGUGACUAUUUAUUAUGAACAUGUAAGGUUUUUAUUUAUGAUCUCACCAAGAAAGUAGGAAUCCUAGAAGUGACUAUGGUGGUAUUUUUUUUUUUUUUUUAUGUUUCAAUUCAGGAAGUGGAAUCAAGGAAAAGAGAAAUUAGAAACCGUCUUCAGCUGUGAUAAUACUAUUACUCUCCAUCAAGUUGAAAAAUAUGUGUGUGUUGGGGAUACUAGUGUGGUUUGGUUUUCUUUUGGACGGAAAUUACUGUUUCUGUGGUGGCUCUCUUUUCUGUUGGCUUGGAGCAUCGUGUGGUGUUGUAGGAAUUAGGAAAGACAAUGCUGGAAGUAUUUUUCUCCAUGGUAUUUAAAAAGGCUGGGAGGGGGGUGGUAAGCUGCAGUCAGAAAAAGGCAUGGCCCGGCAUCAACUUUGCUUGUCUGAGUCUCAUUGAAAAGAAUGAAGUUUGCAACCCUAUGAUCCCUUUUAGUGGAGCUUAACAAAACAGAAAUUGCUGCCGGACCUCAUUCAACGUGACAUUCAGCAAUAAAAUAUCAAGAGUUUAUGUGAUCGGGGUUUCUUUUUAUUUUUCUUCAAAAUAUCAACAUUACCUCAAGAAUCUUUACUACAAAUAUGCAAAACUAACAGUAUUUUGAUUUUGUAAUGGAUUUGUACUGUGUUCCCAGUUUUUUCUGGUAGCAGAGCCCACCCCUUCUGCCUUAUGUGCAUGUGUACAGUGAAGGAAUUUCAAGUAUUAUGAUAAGGAGGUCUCUUUAAAAGCACUGAAGUCUUCUGUUUAAGAUUGAACAAACUGUUGAAGUUAAUUGCCUACCUUAAAAAAAUCCCUGAUUCAAUAAUGAUUUCACAAGAAGCAAAUAGCCAACCUUUUGCAGUAUUUUUUGUCAUGUAGUCUUAACCUCCGUGGUCAAAGCACAAAUGGUUCUGGUGUGAAUCCAUGUGGUCUUGUAUACAAAACAAGCCCAGAAUCUGCCAGUACUAAUCCUGUUCUCUGUACGUUACUGGUGCUUCACAUGUAUAAUAGGCAUUUUCCAUUUUGCUUUGAGAGCAUUCUUCAGAAUAGAAAAAAAGGGGAAAUUUUGGAUCACGCUGAAGACUAGAGUUCAUUGUUUUGUACAGAUGACCAGUGUAGUAAAAGUCAAUUUGUGUGUUUAAUCCUUUAAAACAAUACCAGAAUCUUAAGAAUGCACUACUCUUUGUGUUAUGCUGAUGUCUUAACAUCUGUUAUCAUAAUCAAACAUUCCACUUGAAGUUAUGGUCAGUGUGCUUGAAGAAAACAACCAUCUAUAGACAUUGAAUUCAAAUCAAAGUGAAUAAAUAAAUCCAUGCCCAGAGGAAAGUAUCUUCACAAUGCAGCAAGGAUAUGUUAUUUUGGAUAAAAGAUAAAUUAAUUAGCUUGUUCCCUGGGGAUGGGGGAAGCUGCUGGAUAACUGUGAACUGAUGCAGAUCUAACACUAGUUACCAUAUCUGGAUUGCAAAAUCUAGAAGGCCAUCAGAUGGCUUUAAAUUGAUGUUCUUUGAUGCCAUCUAAUGGUCAUCUAGAAUUCUGUAACCCAGAUAUGAUAAUCCUAUCCUCUUCACUUAUUGUAAUCAUGUAAAUAAGUAAAGAGGCAAGAGCAUAGUAGCUCAGCAUAACUCACUAGUUUUGUUACAUGUAUCCCAAAGCAAUGUUAAUUUAAUGUAACCAGAUUCACUCAAAAUAUAUAACUUCCUAUCUAGAGCCUAACCAUAAUAUAAGUUUCUAGUAUACAAGUUAAGAGAUCAGAGUGGUAUGUGAGUGCAUUUCUCAACUAGCAACUCAUAGUAUCUUCUAGAAUCAGCCAUUCCUUGUGCCAAAGUAACAGCAAUAAGAACAAGACUUUCUAUUAUUUCUGUGAUGGUUGCUAUGAAGACAAAGUGAUGAGCAACUACCAUGGAAAUAAUUAGGUCUGUGUGAGAAUGGUGGGACUUCAUAUUCAUAGACAAAGAAAGCCACAUCCAGCGCAUGAUACUACCCUGCUAAAAGUAAAUGGAGGAAAAGAAUAGUUUUCAUGUAGUAGAAGUGAUGGAUCUUAUAUUUCAGCUUUUGAGAUUGGGUUCCUGGUAAAUUCUAACUUACUGAUAACCUAAAGCAAUUUUUUAAAGUAAGUGUUUGGAAUCGAUUGAAGAAAAAAAUGCUAAUUUAAAAAAUAGCAUUUUUUUGGUAAUCAAUGACUAUCUAUUAUGAAACCCCUAACGGUGAUUUUGCUUUUUAAAAUUGAUAUUUAUUAUGUAUUUGAAGUGUUUGAGCAUAAUCCUUUAUGGAAUUUGCUUGCACCAGUUUUCUCAAGAUUAAUGGGCAUGAUGCAGGAAAAAUAUGACCAGAUUUUAGCUAUCUUUCCAAACCCUUUUUAUCCUUUGUAUCCAGGACUAUGGUUUUCCUUCUGUACACAUACAUUCUAGAGCAACAUGUACCCAUCUUUUUUAAAAAUUUUAAAAAUUGUGAGUUUGGUGACUAAGCUUGUAUUGUCAUUACUUUGUCAAAUGGGAUUCUGUUUCAAAUAUGAAGCAUGCAUGAUUUUUUUCUUUUCUUAUCACAUGUAUGUUUUGUGCAGCAUGAAACUUUAAUAAAAUGUCUUAGAAGACUC